CAAUAUUAUUAAAUACCACAACUCUUUUACCGGUGCUUAUGCUCCAAUCCAACUCACUGAACCCUCAACGAAUAUCAUUCCUGCCACGAGCAUCUCUAUCUAUCAUCAUAUGAAGGGAUUCACUCACUUAUUUAAGCAAAAAAACCAUCAGGAAGCACAAAAAGAAUUCAUGGAAGCACAACAAAAUGAUGCGGCAAUAUUGGAAGGAUUUAUUGCGAGACAGCUAAUGAACAGAGAAACUGACAUUGACGAGAUUAUUCAGAAACUGAUGCGUGAUGAAUGGAGUGGUGGUAAAUUUGACAAGAGGAUCGGAGUGAAAGAAAGGAAGCGAGUAGAAAUAGUAAAUGAGCUUAUUGGCAAUGAAUUUGUGUAA